AUGGCCGAGAACUCUUUCAACUCUUUCAGCCUCACGUUGCCGAGCGCGCCUCACAGAACUCAGUUCCCGUAUCCGACGUACGAGGAGCACGUAGCCGCGGGUAGAUGGAUCGGGACCUCUAUACCCUUGUUACACAUCUUCUGGCUCCUCAACGGGCCCCUCGAGACCGCUGUCUCUCUACUAUCGCUACAAGACGGCAUCAUUCGGCAAGAACCACUAUUCGACCGUCAGACGGGCAAGUGGCACCCUGUCGCCGAGUGUCCUGUUACCGACCCUAAGAUCUCGUCCAUUACUGUGUCUGUCUCCGAAUUAGACGACUGGGACAUGUUGUGGUCUGAGGCGCACUGGAAUCACUCGGAUCCACACUUGCCAAACGGCAAUGAUUCGGUCAUCUGGUCCAUCAGCGAGGAAUAUCGCCGUAGACACCUGGAGUGGGUCGACAAUGAAGAUGAAGAUGAUGAAGAUGCGGGGUACAAUGAAGACGGCGCUGAACUAGUGAAGUGCUGUGGUCAGGACAGGCCACUGAAUAAGGAAGCCACUAUCAUGGUGACGCCCUCAGCCGGAGGUCCGGAUGCCGGAUAUGUCACCAUCCGCGACUAUGUGUCAGCUUCAGCUGCACUGGUGCAAAGCGAGUGA